AUGCCGUCUUCCCAAGCUGUACAGCGAAUUAGCAUUCGCUGGCUCCCUAAGCCAGCAUACGAAGAUACCGACACAGUUGCUUUGAAUGUUGGUGGUUAUUUCAUUGACUUACGCGUGGUCAAAGAAACGGGCUCAAUCCAAUGGAGCCGAGCUGGAGAACGCAUUCUGCUUAAAGAGAAUCCAUUGACGUUCCGUUGGACGCAUAUUAUUGAUUCUCUGGAUCUCACUGUUCCGGACGAGGCGCAUUUUGAAAAACUGCCGAACGGGGACGAUUUGGAGAUCGGAACUACUCCAUGCCCUCAUAAUGGAGGCGCCCUGACAGAAUACGAAGAAAUUUGGAGAGACAUCACGUCCAGAAAAGAACAGGAUGAUCCGUCAUGGAUUCUCCAAAGCGCGGAUGGGACUACAUUUAUUGGCAGAGUUGGAGCAAUAUAUCUGGCCAUCCGGAAAAGUGAGACAGGGGAUUUUUGUGCGAGGAGAGAGGAUUUGAGCUCAUCUAGUCAAAGUUGGGAAGUCACUUUCGAAUCUGGUAAGGUGGAAUUGCUCCCAAGGGCGAUUGGCGCUCUUCAACAGCUUGGAGCAGCUGAAAGAGUUGAGCAUGGGACAUUGCAACUUGAUAACAUCAGUUAUAUCGUCAAAGCAUUCAGCAACGCAUAA